CGCAGUUUGUGAAAAGAAUACGGCGAAGAUUCAAAGUUUUUGUUCAGUUUUUGCCAUAACCCCGACCAACAACUAGACUAUGUUUGGCUUUCACAAGUCAAAGAUCUACCGGAGUAACGACGGCUGUUGCAUCUGCAAGACCAAGUCCUCCAGUUCACGCUUCACAGACAGCAGCCGAUAUGAGGAGACGUUCAGACUCUGUUUUGGGCUGUCAGAAGAUCGUGUUGGAGACAUUUGCAAUGCCUGUGUGUUACUGGUGAAGAGGUGGAAGAAGCUGCCUAAUGGCUCCAAGAAGAACUGGAACCAUGUGGUGGAUGCCAGAGCGGGGCCAGGUUUCAAGAUGACAAAACCCAAGAAGAUCAAGAACAGUGACGGGAAGAAGAAAAGCAAGCUAAAGAAGCUUCACAAAUUAAAGAGACAAACAGACUCAGACGCCCACAGCACAACCUCCAGUGUGUCUCCUGCGCAGUCCCCCAGUUACAGCAACCAGUCAGACGAUGGCUCAGACAUCGAGUCCAAACAAAGACGCUCGACUCCCUCCAUCUUCUCUUUCUUGGACCGUUUGUACUGGAAAAGACAAAAGGUGUGCUGUGGGAUUGUCUAUAAGGGCCGCUUUGGAGAGGUGAUUAUUGAUCCUCGACUCUUCAAACCCUGUUGCAGUUCCAAAAAACAGAAGACACUGGUGUCCACGCAAGUGGCCACACACCUUCCAGACACACUUCCUCCACAGCUCCCAGACGACGUGAAAGAAACCUGGUGAUUGCUCUUGUUGAAUCCCCCUGUAGGGUUAUCCAUGGCAUCUGCCUGGAUUUGUCUCCAGUGGCAGACCUCCCCAUUUCCACUCCUCCAAUUAUCUGUUAGUUAGAUGUUCCUUUUAUAUGUAAUAUUCCUUUUUGUAUGGGUAUUUUUUAAUGUUUGUAUAGAGUUGAUUUUCUUUUUUUUAUAGAAAGCAAAAUGAUUAAAAAAAAACUUACUAUGGGCAUUAGUGUUAUUUAUAGGACGAGGAUGAAAUUUUUGUUGAGGCUCAGAAUUAUUUUUGGUUAUUUUGUAUUAAGUGAUCACCAUUUUGUAUAUAUUUUGUCACCUUUUCGUACACAUCAAGACUGUUCUAUUUUUUUCAUGAUUUCUCAAAUUGUAAGUGUGCAUAUGAAAGACACCAGCUAUUCUAUUACCAGCUUGUUUUGUGUGUGUUGGAGUGGCCCUUCAACAUGUUGCUGUAUGUUUUGUCUUUUUUUUUUUCUUUCUUCUUUUGCUCCAUGCGUGCAAAGGUGGGAGUCUGUAGGAUUUGUAGUGCACAAAUGGAUGUUGCUUACACCAGGCAUCAUUAGGACAACUGUUCAGAUUUAAUGAGCUUUUAAUGUGUUUGUGCGCGUGCAUGUGUGCGCGCAUAGAUGAGAAUGAAUAAUCUCAACAUUUUCAAAGCUUAGGCAUGCCACAAGUUUGAAACACUCCAUGCAUGCAGUACAUUCCUCUGCUUUUAGGAAUGGCAGCAUUGAUUUAUUUAUUUCUUUUGUACAGCCUCCAAUGAAAUGGCAAUGCAUGUUGUAAAGCAAAUGUUUUUUAAAAUGGAUUUUGUAAAUACAGUGUUUUGGCUCUUGGUACAUCCAAAUCUUUUAGAUUACAGAAUGGCAAACCACUACUUCUGUAAAAAGAAAUGUUUUUGUGUGUCUGAAAGGUGCUGAAAUAUGUAUUUUUACACUAAGACAGUUAAGUUUUAGCACAUUGUCACAUCUAAUUUUCUCAGACGCAUUUCUCUACAGGCAUGAAAAGCUGUAGCCUAUGCUGUGUUCAGAAAUAUGUGUAAACUGCAGGGAACACUAGAUGCAUAGUUGUUGCAUCAGUGACCUCCAAUAUUCCUCACCUGUUCGAUUGCUAGAGACACGCAGUGGUCAGAAGCUGAACAUACAGGAAACACAUGACACAUGUUUAACUGUUACUCUACAUUUUUGCGAAGAAAAAUGCUGUUAGAGAAAAUGUAUGAUUGCCAUUGCUGUGAUUUAUCUUCAGAAGCAAUUGUCAAAGUUCAAACUAUGCAGACGUUUUGAAUGUGAGAAGUGCUCUGGGGCUUUCUGUCACUUUUGCUAAUAUAGUGUAAAGUGAUCCUUAUUCAACCAAAUUGUCUUGUAAAAAGCAUCCAUUAUUUCAGCAAUAAUUGUUCCACUCUUAAUCAUAAUUCUCAUUUCUUGUGUAUGUCAUGUUAAACUGCUCAGAUUGCACAGUUGUAGCCAUGGUGCAUACUCUGUCUCAAAUUAAUACUGCAGUGUAAACGGUUGCUUUUUUUUUCUGCAUUAUUGUAGCCAGUCUCAAACUUCAUGAAUUGACAGGAAAUGCUCUGUAAAGUUGCUUAAUAUAUACAUUUUUCUGCGGCAGGGUAGUUAAUUGCUGAACAUGUUUUAUGAUUCUCAUUAAAAGGAGAAAUGCUGCUCCCUUUUUAAGCUGGGAAAAUAAGCUUGUUUUUGUCCUUAGGGAGUUGCCAUAUUGUUUUUGCGAGGUACAUUUUGGGAUUUGAGAUGUGCCUUAAUUGAAUUACCUGACCUUUUCAUUAUGAUUAUCAUGUAAUUUAUACUUAUUUAUUGCAGAACUUUUUUUUUACUGAAUUUUUGAUAACUGGUGUAGUCUUUCAGAGAAUCUGUUAUUGAUUUUGUGCACUUCCUUUGAACAUGCAAUGUAGAUGUUUCUUCAUGCUUUUUUGUAUACUGUAACACAAAGUAGAUCUGUAUUGUAAUAAAAAAAAGAGG